UCAUAGGCAUGCAACAUUAAAACAAUCCCAAACAGUCUCGACUCGAAACAUCACCCAUUCCUUCUCUCCAGAGAUGCUGCCGGUCCCGCUGAGUUUAUUGUGUCUACCUUCGUUUUAAACCAUCCUGCACCAAACUCUCACCGGCUGGAAUAAAUUAGAUUAGACCUCAAUUGGAUCAUUAUUCUCAGCAGACCAACAUUGAAUAAAGGGCGGCAGGGUUUCCCCACCCAUGUCUGCGUGUUGAUGGUGUGGGAAUGGCUGCAGGAAGUGGAGCUCGCUGUUGGGACACUGAAGGAACAAUAACACAGACCACCCUCCCGCAAGAGAUCAAAGAUGAGAAAAUACAGCUAUUCAUGAAGUAUUUUGAUGCUAAAGCAAAUGAGAAAAUGAGGGAGAUGGAGCAAGCAUGUGGGAAACUAAUAGACAUGGUUGACAAUGUGUUGGCUGUCUACUUGCUGAAGAUGCCAGCUGCAAUCAAAAGGAUGAAGUUGCGAGAUUUCCUUGCUACAGGAGGGACAGAUCACGUUUCCACUGCAGCUGUGAUGGCUGAUUUACCAGAUGAAGGGAUGAUGGCUGAACUUGCCAGCAAGGCAACGAGAAAAGGCAAGUAUAUCGAGUGGAAAAAGCAUGCGGUUAAUCUUCAACUUUAGAUGGUUUGAUGAAAGACUAAUGAUGUGCUUUU